AUGGAGCUCAGUUGCGGCGAACAGUGUCUACGUGUUUUGCUUGUUGUUUGCAAUCUCCUCGUUUUUAUCGUUUCUAGCGUUUGCGCUGGAUUUGCAGCCUAUAUCCUUGCUAAAGUUAAAGAGGUCACCGAUGAUAACAAUGCCAUUGUUAGUAUCACAAUUAUUCUUGUUGUGGUACUCUUUACCGUCGUUCUCAGCUUCUUUGGAUGCUGUGGAGCAUGGAAACUCAAUACCUGCAUGCUUAAAACCGUCAAGGAUUAUGCCAGUGCGUACGUGAAACAACUCAUUUAUAACGUCGAAGUGUCGGGUUCUGUUGAGGCAGAGGGAAUAUUGCGAAAUCUACAAGAAAAGCUUAAAUGUUGUGGUGCCACUGGGGAAUCAGAUUGGCAGGACCCUAAAACAUUCUGCUGCCCUCGCAAUAACCCCAACUGCCAGGUGAUCACUGGAAAGGGUUGUGUUAAUGUCAUCUACGAUUACUUGAAAGGCCACUCAGUGGUCGCUGGAAUUUUGGUUCUUGUCCUGGCGGUUGUGGAAAUCGGUGCAAUUGUCGCUGCCUGCUGUUUGGCUAAAAAUCGUAGUGUAUGA